AUGUCUGACUCACACGAUAACCAACAUGAUAGAAAAAUAUGGAAUGAAUCAACGUCGAAAAAAGUUGAAUUUGAAAAUAUGAAUGAUGGAUUAUUAAAUUUUUGUCUUUCAUAUGGGUUUAAAGGAGAGGAUAAUAGACCCAAAGCAUCAAAAGAAGAUAUGGAAUGGUUAAAAAAGGUCAUGGACUCAAUUGAGAGUGAUGCUAAACUAAUGUAUUCAAUCUUAGAGAAGAGUGAUAAGUAUUUAACUCAAAAAUCUAAAGGUGAAAAGACAGAAAUAAGUGAAGAGCAACUUAAAGUUGAAUUAAAUAAUCUUGAAGAAUUGGUAGAAAGUAUUGAUAAUGCAAAUGAUUUUAUUAAAAUGAAUGGUCAAUAUGAAUUAGGUAAACUUCUUUUAGAAAUAAAAAACGAAGAUAUUCUUUUUACUGUUUGGUGGGUUUUACAAUCUAUUGUUCAAAAUAAUCCUAUUGGACAACGUGCUAUUUAUCAAAACGAUGUAAUUAUGAAUGUAUUAAAAAAUCAAAUAUCAACACUUCCUGUUGGUUCUAAAGUAUUAUUUAAAAUUAUUUGUUUUAUUUGUUCUUUUAUUACAGAAAAUGAACAAAUUCAAAAAAUGGUAUCUUCAAGUACAUUUGUUGAAAAAUAUAAACAAAUAUUAUCAACUGGGGAUGAGAAAAUUAUUGAUCGAUUGAAUUACACAUUAAAUAAGUUUAAACAUAAACCAUUUUAA